AUCGAAGUGGAUGACUGACUUAAAACUGACUCAGUUUUAGGAAAAUACCACAUUUCCCAGAGUUCAUCAGGGCCCAAUGAAUCCGCCAUAUUGAGCUCACCAGAACGCGCUGGCAGGAGAGAGAGAGAGAGUGAGUGUUCACAACAUUGAAAUAGGUGAAGGAGACAGUGUAUAAAUAUGACACAGACGGUCCAGACGAAUGGGGUUCAACCCCUCAGCAAGACAUGGGAGCUUAGUCUCUAUGAAUUACAGAGAACUCCACAGGAGGCCAUCACGGAUGGUCUGGAGAUCGCCGUGUCCCCGCGCAGCUUACACAGUGAGCUCAUGUGUCCCAUCUGUCUGGACAUGCUAAAGAACACCAUGACCACCAAGGAGUGCCUGCACCGCUUCUGUGCCGACUGCAUCAUCACUGCACUCAGAUCAGGGAAUAAGGAGUGUCCAACAUGCAGGAAGAAGCUGGUGUCUAAGCGCUCCCUCCGUCCAGACCCCAACUUUGACGCCCUGAUCAGUAAGAUCUACCCCAGCAGAGACGAGUACGAAGCCCACCAGGAAAGAGUGUUGGCCCGCAUCAGCAAGCACAACAACCAGCAGGCGCUCAGCCACAGUAUUGAAGAGGGCUUAAAAAUCCAAGCCUUGAACAGACUGCAGCGGGGGAAGAAGCACCAGAUCGAAAAUGGCAGCGGGGCAGAGGAUAAUGGGGACAGUUCACACUGCAGCAAUGCAUCAGUGCACAGUAACCAAGAGGCCGGGCCCAGCAUCAAACGAACCAAAACUUCUGACGACUCGGGACUGGACAUGGACAAUGCCACAGAGAACGGAGGAGGAGACCUGGCUCUGGACGGGGCCAGCGAGAUUGAGCUGGUGUUCCGCCCUCAUCCGACACUGAUGGAGAAAGAAGACGCUGCGCAGACAAGGUAUAUUAAGACUUCGGGGAAUGCCACAGUGGACCACCUCUCAAAAUACUUAGCUGUCAGAUUGGCUCUGGAGGAAAUGCGCAAGAACCAAGAAGGAAGCCCCAUCAACGUAGAGGCAGCCAGCGAAAAACAGUACACCAUCUACAUCCCUACAGCAAACAACCAGUUCACAGUCCUGAACGGCUCCUUCUCCUUGGAGCUGGUGAGCGAGAAGUACUGGAAAGUCAACAAGCCCAUGGAGUUGUACUUCGCCCCAACAAAGGAGCACAAAUGAAUCCUGUGAGACACGAGGGUCCAAGCUGACCCGGGACAGACUGAUGGUUCACCCUCUCUUCUCUCUCCCUGUUUCUUUCUUUGUUCCUCCUCAUCUGGAGUAAAAUAGUCUCUGGAGCCCUGGCUCCUCAAUAACUGUGGCUGCUUUAAUUUGUUUUUUAUUGUCUUUUUGUAUGAGAACGAGACCAGGGUCGAUCAUUGGGAAUGGGUGGGAGGGUUAUGGAAGUCAAACCAGUGUGGAUUUGUUUGUUUUUUCUCACCCUUUCAGUUGACACGACCAUUUCAUUGUUUCAUGUUGAGUCCUUUUUGAGUCAAGCGGACUCAGACGUUGCCUUCAACACGCCAAAAUUUUAGUCAAAAUGGAUAUUGCAACGGUAACACCAUGAGGAAAUCAUACUGUUGGAAGGUGGCUUUCAUAGCCAAUGGCGCUGUUCUUUACGUUCAAGAGAACAUGUAAGAGAUUUUAAGUGCAUUUUCUGACACACCACUCCUGUAGCAGCAACAUUUAUUCACUAACAUGACUGCAUCUUGCCACUGUGUACCAGUACAAUGGCUUAGUUCACAUGACGCGUCAUGUCACUAGUCUGUACUAUUGUGUUGGUCGUCAGAUGUUUCGGGGAUUGUACAUACGACAUCACUUUAUAGAAUAACUACCUGGAAAAUGUAUAUUGACACCAUUGUUUCAACUAGUACCAUUUCAUAAAAACAAAAGUUCAGUUGUAAAUUUGGACCCAGUUUUUGAUAGUUGCAUUUCAUAUAGACACUUCGUCCAAGACAUGGAAAAACUUUUUAGAGCAUGAAAUACUUUUAGUUUGACAUCCUUGGCAUACAUUUGAGUUAAUGUUGUUAUUUGGGGAAAAAAUGUAAACAGCGUUUUUGUUUGGAAAAUAAAUAAAAAAAAAUGUAUGCAAA